GUAGUGUCCGCGAAGAAUAAAACUCCACUUUAUAAACUCCAAAACCUUUUUGUUAUUGAAUCUUCAAUAAAUUAAAUUUUCCACAUGCCUUGUUAGUUAAGAAUAUUAUUUAAAAAAUAAGGUAGCAGGUUACAUGGAGCACGAAAAACAGAAGCAGGCUCUACUAGACAAGUUGGAUACAGUUAACCAACUUUACCUGAAGCUAGCAGAGUUACGGACUACUUGUCCAGCCUUACUGAAAUUACUACGUCCAGAAAUAGGCACGAGUCAAAAAUUCCAGCAUAAAGCUCAAGAAGCUAUUGCCAGUGUUGAAGGACUUAAGAACGAUUUGGCGUAUCAUCAGUCACUAUUUCAAUAUGUCACCGAAUCUUAUGCAAAUAAUCAGGGACCGCUAAUGCCAACUUAUCCUCCGCAACAGCGUGACAGUAACAAAACCUUAGGGACUACAGAAGAAAUAGAAAGCGUAGAAGACAAAAAACAAGAGGAGACUCGUCAAAAUUCCAAAGUCCCUGAGAAGUUGGAAGAUGUACUCAAUAAUUUUAAAAGCAGUAUUUCUUCCACGAAUUCAUCUAUCUCUGAUUUAAAAACAGACUCUUUUAUGCUGGAAAUUUCCAUUGGACUAAAGUUUCACGUUCGCUUACAAUCCAAUGGUGAUUAUAAGGCUUCUUGUAUAUUUGGUAAAUUUCAACCGAUAAUGUUCUCUAUUAAUCGGUAUAAUGACCUCGAAAUGCCCUUGUUUCAUCUUCUUCCUCUACUUCUUGAUUAUUCCAACCUUUAUUCAAAACCUUGUCAUGUUUGCAAGAAAGUUAUUUCUCCUAUCAAUCUAGAACUUCCAUUUGUAAGGAAGUACGAUUACGAGAAUGACAAAAAUACACUUCUCGUUUUUCAUUAUGAAUGUACACUUUAAAAGUAGGGUAAACCUUUCUAUGUUUCCCUUCAGCUAAUGUCUUGAUUUGUCAUAAAUAACCUCGAGAAUGUGUUUUUGCAUGGAUGAGUUUCAUUAACUACACUGGAUUCACGUAAAUAACUUUUAUAAUAAAUAAAUUUGGUUUCUUGAUUUUACCCAUAGGUCCUAUUAAGACAAAGAUGAC